GUCUGAACAGCAACAAUACCCACUCCUUCACUGCCAAUUGAUUGUUCGUCAUCAUGAGGAAGAAGCCGAGGUUUCACUCGCUAAAGAAGCUGAAAGUCAGACAAGACUGGUCACGCUGGUCGCUGUAUAGUCUCUCACAGCUCAAACCGCCGAACGUCACGGCUCGAACGUAUUUCCAGCAGAAGUGGUCGGCCAAGUCGGAUACUCGAGCGUACCAUGGCGAGCAGAUUCAGGAGAAGAAGUGGAAGCGAUUGUUCAGGAGAAACCUGCCCGCCGUGGUGCCCAUGGACCACAAGUACCUCGCCAGAUAUGACGGAUCCGAGCAGGCCGCUGGACGAGGAGCUGGAGCAGAUACUCAAGAGAAGCCUCGGACACCUCCAAUGACGCCGUACAUGCAGAUGGCGUACUAUCCGAUCGAGAGGAGAUUGGACACAGCUAUUUUCAGGGCAUUGUUCGCGAGCAGUGUCCGGCAGGCGAAGCAAUUCUGUGUGCAUGGGUUGGUGAAGGUCAACGGAAAGAAGAUGCCCUUCCCCGGCUACAUGCUCAACCCAGGCGACAUGUUCCAAGUCGAGCCCUCCAGCGUAAUGUUCGCAACCGGCGCCCAGAAGCGACGCUCCGCAACUGCGCGCAAGGUCGCCAAAGAGAAAGCCGCCGCCCGGGCCGAAUCCCGCGAGAAGGCCCAAGCAUCCACACCACCAGCCGAGCGAGAAACCUUUGCCGCGCGCGAAGAGCCCACACCACAGGAGCUAAAGAAACACAUGCAGGCUCUCAUGGAAGAUGUAGAGAACGUGCUGAACGAGGACGUGGGCGCAAAGGACAAGCAAAAGUUUCGUGCUUUCAGACAGACAGUCAAGAAAGCUAUUGGCCUGUGGAAAACGGCAUCCCCUGAAACCAUCUCGACUCUCGACACUCAAUUCUCCUUCCUAAAAGACCACCUGGCCUCCCGGUCCGCCGCCCCGCAAGCCGAGCCAACCACCUCCGAAGAGCCAACCUCCCUCCUCUCCCCCGAAGACCAACAGAAACUCAAGACAGCGUUUGAGAAGUUACGCUUGGAGACCGAACACACAUCCGCCUGGAACAAGCGUGACGCGUCCGCGCCUUAUGCUACGCCAUGGCGCCCGCGGGAUUACAUGGCCGCCUUCGCGUUCAUACCGCGAUAUCUCGAGGUCAAUCAGAAUAUCUGCGCCGCCGUCUAUCUACGGCACCCCGUUGCGCGACCCGGGCUAGCAGAGGUGCCAACACCAUUUCAUAUCGAGACAGGACAGCUAGCGUUCAACUGGUAUUUGAGGAGGCGAUAGACAAGCUGCGUUGGGAUGUAGGAUGCGUCUGCGUAUAGGUGUAGAUAGGAACUGUACAAUACUGUAGCCAUCAAGUACUGUAUUCAAGACGGAGUUCAUAUGCAUUUGGAGGUGUUUGAUCUUUUGGAUAAUUCAUUCUCGCUCUUCUGCGAGCCUUGUGUCUUGUCUACUAUUCGUUCUUGUGUGAAUAUAUGUGGAAGGCGAUGUAACAGUAAAACUUGAU